AUGUCCGUUGAUCCUCCCAAGCGAGACAAGUUUGCCGCUCUGGCGCAACAAUUGCAACUGAAGCAGGCGUCAUCCAAUGUUUCUCAAUCGAUACAAAUCGCUCCACAAGGUGAUAAGCUGGCCGCCAUGGGGGCAGCACGAUCAACUAACGAAGAUUCGCUGUCGAAUCGAAGUGAUGCGCUACGAGCACCCCGUCGGGACAAGCUAGCCGCCAUGGGACAACGGAUUUCACCGAGCACUGGUGAAGCAUCACUGUUGCCGGAAUCACCGAAACAGAAAGAGCAAGAAGAGGCUCAAGAAAGCCGCAGGAACGCUAUGGAAGAACGGGCUCGACAGCGCGACUCCGUCUGGAAGGAUCUCGAAAGGGCAGAAGCAGCAACCAUUAAGCUCCUCCAACUUGCCCAAGAAACAGCAGCGACAUUAGCGGACGCGACAAAUUCCGUGAUACCGUUGACAACGCUGUCUAAAAAUGCCGCGGCUUAUCGUGAUACUCUCUCGAACAUUCACGAUUGGCUUUCACCACACUCGUCUCUCGUCGUUGCCUACCAGGCACCCUCGCGCACCAAUCAUGUGUACGAGGCCCGGGUAGAAUGGCGGCUAGCCGAAGAGAAACGAGCGCUUCUGCAAGAGUUCUUGCGCCUUCAUAAACACCAGGAAAGUGUCGCAAUAGAGGACGAUGCACUGCCUGUAACGGAUAUCUUGAAGCGGAAACGAGACGAAUAA